GUGCACUUAAUACAAGGCCAGGCCAGUAGGGGCCACAUUCCUGGGCCACAUCUCUGCAGCAGCGGCACUCCCAGGGUUAAUCAUAGAAGUAUUACACCAGGAGUCACUACCUGCUCCACAUUGUCGCUUGUACCUGCACAGCCAGUCCCUCAGUCCCUUCCCACACACUGUGCCCCCUCCUGUAAGAACAGUCGCUAACUGGGGGCGAGAGUCUAAGUCUGCUGCUGCUGCUUCUAGAGGCUGAGUCUGGAUGUGCCGCCCCCAGAUCCCAACUACAUCCCCACGGGAAGGGGAAGGAGGGGGCGAGGGAGAUUUCCCUGGCAGUUGAUGCCACUUGCGAGUUGCAGUAGCAGCAGCAGGUUCAUGAGCAGAGACGAGGAGCAGAGACUUGCAGAGCAGAGACAAGGAGCAGAGGCGGAGGUGGAAGCGGAGGCGUCGCUGGGCUGCAGAACACAAGCUCAGGUUCUCUCUCUGGCAGCAUCAGUCCCAGUAGCAGCAGUACUGCAAUGCUCACAGCAGCCCCCCGAACACUCACUGCCCCUGCUGCCUCCCUACCUGCCAAACUCCUUGUCUGUGAAUAAAACCACUUUCUGCUGGUUAUGUUGCCUCUAUCCUUCCCCCUGGCUCUGCUCUUCUCUGUCUGACUGCCAUUCACUGCCAUCAGGGUCUGCUUGAAUUUGCCAAUUACCAUGGAUGAAGCAGUGGACGUCACAACAGAAAGCAACUCUCUUAUUAAAGCAGUUUACCAAAGCCGACUGCGGCUCACGAGAUUGUUAUUGGAGGGAGGUGCAUAUAUCAAUGAGAGUAAUGAUCGGGGAGAAACUCCACUGAUGAUUGCUUGCAAAACCAAACAUGUGGACCACCAAAGUGUCAGCAAGGUCAAAAUGAUUAAAUAUCUGCUAGAAAAUAAUGCAGAUCCUAAUAUCCAAGAUAAAUUUGGAAAAACUGCCUUAAUGCACGCAUGUCUGGAAAAUGCGGGUGCAGAAGUGGUCUCUUUGCUAUUAGAAAGUGGAGCUGACCCCAGCCUCCAGGAUCACACAGGUUUUUCUGCGCUGGUGUAUGCGGUUAAUUCAGAGGACAAAGAGACACUUAGAAUUCUGCUAAAUGCCUGCAAGGCCAAAGGGAAAGAAGUUAUAAUCAUCACAAAGGACAAGUCCGCAUCUGGAAAGCAGACAACAAGGCAGUACCUCAAUGUACCACCAUCUCCAGGAAUCGAAGGAAACAAUUCCCCUAGCCCCUGCACAUCGCCCUCAGAUAUUGAGCUUAAAACAUCUCCUGCUCCAAUUUCAAAUGCACUUGAAACUGAGAAAGAACUCUUCAACUUCAAAGAGGCCGCCUCCUCUUGUGGGUUCAAAGGAUCAUCCCAGCCAGGCUCUCCUACAAAGAAACCUCAUUUAUCGCAUGUUGGAGGAAAGCUUCCUCUUCUUCAGAGACUACACUCGGAGCCCUGGUUAAAAAUCCCACCCUCGCUGCUACACCAACACAAAGUAUCUUCUCUACAAGAAGAGCUACAGGACAUCACUCCUGAUGAGGAGCUCUCUCUUCAGAUGAAUGAACUGAUGUUCUCGAAGAGGUACUUUACACGCCACCAGAGCAUUGAUGUGAAGGAUGCAAGUCAUCUACUUAAAACAUUUGACACAGCAGGAGCAAGAAAACUGUCAUACGAUGAAAUUCAUUCACAUUCAAUUUAUCCUGAAGCCAACCCAAACAGGCCAGAAACCCUACCUGUAGAUCAGGAGCCUGAUUUGAUGCACUCCAUAUCAGUAUCAAGCUUGAAAAGUAUUGUACAAAGGAGAAAUUUAGGAGCAAAUCACUACAGCUCUGAUUCCCAGCUCACAACCCGAGCUGGUCCAGCUGCAGCAGAAGACAGCAAAUCUCUUUUGGAAAAGAAGAAAAUGUUAUGUCCUCAACCAUUGCUGACAGGUUCAAGAGAAUCUUUAGAGAGUAUAUCUGUAACAGCUUUGAGCAGAAGAAAUCAUGCCAUUUUAGAGAGGCGUGGCUCAGGGGCAUUACUCUUAGACCAUAUUGCUCACACCAGGCCAGGGUUUCUUCCACCUUUGAAUGUAAACCCUCACCCACCUAUCCCAGAUAUAAGUAUCCACAGCAAACUCAUCUCUUCAGGAACAAAAUCACUCAUACCAUCAGCUCCACAUGUCCCUAAAGAACCAAAAAGCAAGAAAAUGCUCCUACGGAGGCAUUCAAUGCACACAGAACAGAUCAAACAGCUAAUGAACCUUGAGGAGAUCUUUGGCUAAUGCAGCCAUUCAAGAGCACGUCUUCUUCUUGUUUUUUUAAAUUCAACAAGGUCACUCGCCAUUUGCACCUGGUGCACAAAUGCUUCAGACCUUUUCUGUAAAGAAAACAGAGCCGUUCAGCUUAUGCUGGAUAAAUUAUUCAAGCAAAAAAAGUGCUUGUUAUAUAGCAGUAAUUACAGUUUUCUCUACAAAAUAAAUGAAUUGCUGUCCUA